AUGAUGCGCCCACCGAUUAUUCUGCUCAAGGACGGAACCGAGAACAAGCAAGGAAAGGGCCAGAUAGUGUCCAACAUCAAUGCGUGCAAUGUAAAACGGAAAAGAAAAAAAACUAAACUGUUUCUGGAACGCUCCAAAUUUCAGGUUGUUGCCGACAGCAUCCGCACCACUUUGGGUCCACGUGGUCUCGACAAGCUCAUCGUCGAUAGCAAGGGCGAAACUACCAUCUCCAAUGACGGCGCUACCAUUCUGAAGCUGCUUGACAUCGUCUUCCCGGCCGCUUCCGUGAUGGUCGACAUUGCGCGCUCUCAAGACGCCGAAGUCGGCGACGGAACCACGUCUGUCGUCGUGCUGGCUGCUGAGAUUCUGAAGCAGAUGAAGACGUUCAUUGAGGACGGCGUUCAUCCGCAACUUCUUAUCCGCGCCAUUGGAAAGGCGUGCGAAAAGGUGCUCACAUAUCUGGCGGAUCUGGAAAUCAAGAUCAGCGGAGAGACGGAGCUGCGUGAGAUGCUUGUCAAGUGCGCGGCCACCACGCUGAGCAGCAAACUUGUCAGCCAUGAGCGUAAUUUCUUCGCCAACAUGAUUGUGGACGCCGUCAACACGCUUGACGUCAACCUUCCACUUAACAUGAUCGGAAUCAAGAAGGUCAACGGUGGAAAUCUGAAUGUAAGCUCAAAACGCUGAAAAUCAUGUAGUUACACCUUCUUUUUCAGGAAUCCCGUUUGAUCAAAGGAGUCGCAUUCCAAAAGGCUUUCAGUUACGCUGGAUUCGAGAUGCAGCCGAAGAAGUACUCGAACGUGAAAGUUGCUCUGCUCAACAUUGAGCUCGAGCUGAAGGCCGAGAAGGACAACGCCGAGAUGAGACUGAGCAACGUGACCGACUUCCAAGCGGUCGUCGAUGCCGAGUGGAACAUUCUCUACGACAAGCUCCAGAAGAUCCAUGACAGCGGAGCGAACGUAGUGCUCUCGAGGCUUCCUAUCGGAGACGUCGCCACCCAGUGGUUCGCAGAUCGGGACAUGUUCUGCGCCGGCCGCAUUCCGCAGGACGAUCUCGAUCGCCUGAUCGCCGCGUGCGGAGGAAGCGUGCUGACCACCGUCUCGCAGAUCGACGACUCCGUGCUCGGAAAGUGCGGCACGUUCUACGAGCAACAGGUCGGAAGCGAGCGCUACAACUUCUUCGAGGAUUGCUCGCGAGCGCAGGCGUGCACUCUUCUUCUACGCGGAGGCGCCGAGCAGUUCAUCGCCGAGACGGAACGCUCGCUCCACGACGCCAUCAUGAUUGUGCGACGAGCUAAGAAGAACGACUCGAUUGUCGCCGGAGGAGGAGCCAUCGAAAUGGAGCUGAGCAGACUCGUUCGCGAGUUCGCUCAGGGAAUCGAAGGCAAAGAUCAGAUGUUCUGGCUCGCCUACGCGCAGUCAUUCGAGAUUAUUCCGCGCCAAUUGUGCCAGAAUGCCGGUUUGGACGCGCUGGAUGUUCUGAACAAGUUGAGACACCGUCAUGCCCAAGGUACAACUAGUAAACACAAAAAUAUAUUUUUCCAAAAGUAUUUUUCAGGUGAGAAAUGGGCGGGAAUCGACAUUCACCGCGAAGCCGUCGGAGACAACCUUGCCGCCUGUGUCUGGGAGCCGAGCAUUGUGAAGAGGGUAAGGAAAAUUUGAUAAAAGUUUUUCAUAAAUCUUCUUUUUCCAGAACGCCAUCACCGCUGCCACAGAAGCCGCCUGUCUGGUUCUGUCGAUUGAUCAGACUGUGAAGAACGUGCGUUCGCAAUCCGGAGGAGCCAUGCCAGGACUGCCAGGACAAUAA